AUGCCUGCUCCUUACAACACCAACACCACAGUUAAUGAGCUCGCCUCUGAUUACGCCAGCCUGAUCAAAGGCAAGGUCAUAUUAACGACCGGUGUCUCCCCAAACUCCCUCGGAGCGGUCUUCGUCCGGUCUAUCGCAGCAUCUGAGCCAGCAUGCUUAGUACUUGCAGGUCGUAACGUUGAGAAACUGGCCCUGACAGCUGCAGAUAUCGCUACUUCUCAUCCUAUAGUCAAAGUGCGCACUCUGCAGGUCGAUCUAGGCUCCCUAGAGAGCGUUCGUGCUGCUGCUGCUGAAGUAAAUGGCUGGGACGACCUCCCUGUUAUUGACGUACUGGUCAACAACGCCGGGAUCAUGGCCGUGGACUACAAGCUCUCGCCAGAUGGAUACGAAUCCCAGUUUGCAACCAAUCAUCUAGGACCAUUUCUGUUCACGAAUCUUGUUAUGAAGAAGAUCAUGAUGGCCAAGGAACCCAGAGUCGUGGUUGUUAGCAGCAGCGGCCAUAGAUUACAUGCGGUUCGCUUCCAUGACUACAACUUCGAUGAUGGGAAAACAUACGACCGCUGGCGUGCCUAUGGGCAGAGUAAAUCCUGCAAUACUCUCUUUGCUCUCUCCCUAGCUCAAAAGUUGGGCGUUAAGUCCGGUUUACAAGCGUUCAGUCUUCAUCCAGGUGCCAUCUUCACCAACUUGGGUGCCCACCUAGACUUGGAGACGGCACCGCAGGAGCUUGCAAACGCGGAUAAGGAGCUGGGUAACCCAGAAGGUUGGGAAGAGAUGAAAUUUAAGUCGCAGGAGGUGGGUGCUGCCACCCAUGCCUAUGCAGCCUUCGACCCCAACCUUAAAGCUAAUAAUGGGGCAUAUCUGCUUGACUGCCAUGUCGCGGAUCCCAUGGUUGAUACCGUCAAAUCGUGGGCAACAAGCGCCUUUGAAGCAGAACGGUUGUGGCGGCUGAGCGAGAAACUGGUGGGGCAGGAGUUCCCAUACUGA